UUAGCUGAACUCUUUCCCUAAGAUGGCUGGAGAGAGGUGGGAUGACCGCGUCGGUCAAGUCUCUCUCUGAGCAGCUUCCCAGCCUUUGGAUUGUGCCUCUCUCCUGUCCCCAGCCCCCGCUUAUUAGCUCUCCUUGCUGUCAGUGCAGGGAUCUGCAGCAGCCGCUCGAAGAAGCUGGGAGAAGGGACGAUUCGACUUACCAAUCCCAGUAAAAGGUGAAGGGACAGGAUCUCGUCCUCACAUCCUCCACACGGGAGCCACGGCAUCUUCCACCGAGGCGUCUCCGAUGGGAAAGUGCCUGCAGGAGGUGCUGCCCAGGUGCCGGUGACGUCUGAGGACGGCAGGGUCUGUUUCUCCCCGGCGGAGUGGGCGGCGUUAGCGGAAUGGCAGAGGGAGCUGUACUGGGCCGUGAGGAGGGAGAACUACACGCAGGUCACCUCGCUGGGUGAGGACUGUCUGGUGCACAGGUUAGAGGCGAAAGCAGCUCCACGCGGAAGAGCGAUCAGGCUGGACCCCUGGUGGAGCGCAGGCUCAGGUGUUGCCUGUUGCAGGCUCUGAGAGCCCCAUCCCCCACACAAGGCAGUGAGGCUGGCCUAGUGGCUGGGUGUAGCCAUGUCCGAAGAAUUGCACCCAUCAAAGGAGGGGGCAGGAUGGCACAGCGAACUGGAGCUGGGCUGUGGAACCUUUUCUCGUGGCGUCACCAGUUCAAAUCCAGGCCACCCGGCUCUCAAACCUGAUCUCUUGUUCCGGAUUGAACGAGGGGAACAACCAGGUGUGGGGGUUCAGCUGAUCUCUGGUGGCUUAGAGCGUCCACCAGAUCCCUGCGCAGGCUAUGGAUUUUUCAAGCCCGAUGGUUUCUUCCGGAUUGAGCAAUGGGAGGAGCGAUACAUCGAGGCUCAGCAGAAAGUGGAGGAGAGCAAGAUCCUGGGAAGUGCCUGCGUAGCAGAGCACGGGGGUGUGAACACAGUCGAGCAAGAAGAGAACUCGGAGAGCUUUGCUGCGGACUUAGAGCUGUCCCCCGUUGUCUGUGACAGUUCCGACGGCUCGUUUCACAGUCAGCAGCUGGUAUCCAAGAGGCAGCAGAGAAACCAGACAAGGAUCAAGAUGGAAGAAUCAGCCGGCUUCAGCAAGUGUUCAGAUGCCGUCGUACGUCAGCUAGGGGCUGGGCCUUUCCAGUGUGCCGAGUGCGGGAAACGCUUCCGCCAGAAGCAGAGCCUCAUCACGCAUGAGAGGAUCCACACGGGAGAGAAGCCCUACAGGUGUCCAGACUGCGGGAAGAGCUUCAGCCAGAAGCCUAACCUCCUGACUCACCGGCGGAUCCACACCGGGGAGCGCCCCUUCUCCUGCACGCAGUGUGGGAAGAGCUUCAGCCAGAAGGCCAAUCUCAUUGCCCACCAGAGAACCCACGUGGGGGAGAAGCCGCCGCAGUGGAGUGGGCUUGGGGGGAAGCCAAAGUCCCCAGCACAGCAGGGAGACCAGGAGGAAAAGCGGCCGUUCGUAUGCCCCGAGUGCGGGAAGAGCUUCACGCAGAAACCCAACUUGGUGACUCACUACCGGACCCACACGGGCGAGCGGCCCUUCAGCUGUGCCCAGUGCGGGAAGAGCUUCAACCAGAAGACCAACCUGGUGACUCACUACCGGACCCACACCGGGGAGCGGCCCUACGCCUGCCCCCAGUGCGGGAAGCGCUUCACCCAGAAGACCAACCUGGUGACUCACCAGAGCACCCACACGGAUGCGCGCCCCUAUCCGUGCAGGGAGUGCCAGAAGUGCUUCAAGGACAAGGUGUCCCUGAAAGCACACCAGAGAACCCACAGCCUGAGCCAGCCCAGACCCUGUGGGACUGCAGAGCCAAUCCCACUCCACAGUCCCCCCGCUGUGCCGCUCCAGCCCACAGGUGCCGAGCAGGAGAGCCAGCGCGACCCCACUCAGCCAGUGCCAGCCCAAAAGAUCCCCGGAAGCCAGGCACUGUGCACGUGCACUGACUGUGGUAGCAGCUUCCCCCAGAAACCGCAUAUCCCACUGCCCCAGCAAACCCCCUCAGCAGAGCAGCCCUUCCUGUGCGUGCAGUGUGGGGAAAGCUGCCCACAGGCGGCUCUUCUGAAGCACCAGCCUGGCCAGGCCAGGGAGAGGCCCUGCGAGAGCGCCCAGUAUGGGAGAGGCCUCAGCCUGAACCAACAUCUCCUCAGACACCUGGAACCCUGCCUGGGCCCUUGCGACGCGGCGCACGCGGCCCCCGGGGCAGAGCGGCCCUUCAUCUGUAACCAGUGCGGGAGCAGCUUUAGCUUUUGGCCGGCUCUCGUUGCCCAUCAGGGCAGCCACGCAGGAUGGCAGCCGUAUCAGCUUCCUGAACGCGGGAAAGGCCUCAGGCCCCGGCUGUCCCUGCCAGCCCAGCAGGAUGCGCAGGUGGGGGAGACAGCCUGGACGUGCCCCGAGUGCAGGCGGAGCUUCAGCCAGCACAGCCAGCUGGCAAAGCACCGGGAAAGCCACUGGGGCGACAGGCCCCAUCGGUGUGACGUGUGCGGGAAGAGCUUCGGCUUGAAAGCCAACCUGAUGACGCACCAGCGGCUCCACACGGGCGAGCGGCCCUUCGCCUGCAGCCAGUGCGGGCGGCGCUUCAACCAGAAGGGGAACUUGGUGACUCACUACCGGACCCACACGGGCGAGCGGCCUUUCGCCUGCCCCCAGUGUGGCAAGAGCUUCAGCCAGAAGCCCAACCUCCUCGCCCACCAGAGAACCCAUGUGGGGCGGCGGCCCUUCGCCUGUGCCCAGUGCCCCAAGCGCUUCAAGGGCAAGAUGUCCCUGAAGAUCCACCAGCGUGUCCACGUCGGGGAGAGACCUCCCGCAAGGCCGCCGAGCGUGGAUCUGAUGGAAGCCCACACCGGGAAGAGGUGCUGUUCCCACUCCCCAUGCGGGAAGCCCUUCAAGGAGCACGUCGCCCUGGAGCUCCCCCAGCGAGUGCCCGGUGGGGAGCGGCCGUACUCCUGCCCGGAGUGUGGGAAAUGCUUCCGGCAGAAGGUCACGCUGGUCACGCACCUCCGGACCCACACCGGGGAGCGGCCGUUCCAGUGCACCCAGUGCGGGAGGAGCUUCAGCCAGAAGCCCAACCUCCUCACACACCAGCGGACUCACACCGGCGAGCGGCCCUUCGCCUGCACCGUGUGCGGGAAGGGCUUCAGCUGGAAGCCCAACCUGGUGACCCAUUACCGCACCCACACCGGGGAGCGGCCCUACAGCUGCGGCGACUGCGGGAAGACCUUCAGCCAGAAGCCCAAUCUCCUUACUCACCGCAGAACCCACUCCCAGCAGAGACCGUACGCUUCCCCCAGCACCACGCAAGCUUCCCCCACGGGGACACCUUCACCCUGCGCUGUGGUGGGGACUGGCCCCACAUGUGCUUGGCCUGCAGAGGGCGCCUCAGCCACCACGUCCCCCACGGCAGGGAGCUCCUGAAGCCAAGCAAGCAGAGAUGUGGUGUCAAUGCAGCGGGGGUGGCAGGAGCUUCGAAGAUCAGAGAGCUCUGCGGGUGCACCAGAGAGCACCCGUCCCCCUGUGCGAGCCGGAGUGAGUAGAGCGUGCGCCUGAUCGGCGAGCUGUACGGUGACUGGGAUCUGGGAACGGGGGGCUAACCCGUGCUGCUGCUGCACCCCCAACACCAGACACGGACCGGGGAACGGUACAGCCAGAAGCCAGAUCUGACUUCAUUCUGCACACACCGAACUUCAGAGAGGACACAGCUGCUGACAGCGGGCAAGCCGGCAGAUUGAUCAGCACACGUUGCUGCAGGGUGCGAAGAGACGCCGAGUACUGCUGUGAGCAGAGCGAGGGGAGGGUGCAGCAAGGUGGCAGGCCUGGGACGCUGCGGCGAGUGUCCCGGGAAACCAAACCCUGAAAGAGACUCCCUGGGCGGGAACGGCCCGUGGAGCUCUCCCCUCUCGCCUCCCUGGAGCUAAACGUGGGGUGGGGGCGGCUCUUGGAAGCUACGAUCCAAGCUAGCCUGGGCGUACGUUGUACCGAGGGUAUUGCUGGGUUCUGGAUCCCCCCCAGAGCCAGCUGCAGGGCAGUGAAAGGCCACCUGGGGCUGCGAGCUCCAGCCCCUGUAGACACAGUAACAGCGUCCCCCCCGUCCCUCCCCCAGGGGGUCUGCACUUCCCGGGGGGGGGAGGGGCAGGAGCCCCCAGCCCCAGAGAAGGCUGCAGUCGGUCUGAAAGCAGUGGGGGCCCCACGAGGACAAGAUGCCCUUGCUGGGGAGCGGGAAGGAGAAGCUGCAUGCUAGGGCAGAGCUCAGCUCGAUGGCAGGGCCGCCACCCGUCAGGUCAGAACUGAAAACCAGAAGGGGCAAUGGGGGGGACACAGGGAGCCUGGUACCGGCUUAGCUGAGCCACCAGCCUCGGCCAGGUGUGUAAUUAGCUCCACGGCGGAGAACAGAGCCAUGUUCCAGCAUGAUACUCCCAGCAACACUCUGCCCGUCGUCCCAGCAGUAACGUGGCGACACCAUGAGUCGUAUGUCCCAGAUGGGAAGAAAAGAAAUACUAA